AUGAUGCUACAUGAGGCUGUAAUGUUGGAGAUCUAUCGUCAAGCGUUGAGUGCCAGUGAGUUGGCGAGUCCGCGUUGUCAGUCCCGAGAAUCGAAUACUUCAGCCAUAGCUGGAGAUGUGCGUUGUCCAUCGAACGAAUCUCAUUGCUCCGCAAAUGAUUGUCUCACCCCGGCGCCCACGCCCACUCCGACAGCCGCCUCUCCGGUGGGUCUUCCCUUGACGGCGACGUUGGCUCCCUCCGCUGCGGCAGCGCUUCUUCCACCGCAGUCGGCAGCGAUGGCCGCUUACCUGGCGGCGGCACAACAGAAUCAUCUGCUGCUGACGAAUCCUUUGGCGGCAGCCGCAUCCUUGGUGCAACAGGCGACGCAACAGGCCGCAUCCCCAGCGAGUAAUCGCCUCGAGGAGGAGGCACCUGCCUUGGAUUUUAGCAGGAAGAGGAAUUCCAGUGAUUGCGAGGCAACUGGCAGCGAUGAGGAGCAGGAACAGGAGCAGCAGGAUCAGGAGACGGCUCCAUUGGAUUUGUCGGUGAGCACAAGGAAGCGACAGACGCCGAACCUGGAACAGGAUGCGCCAGCAAGGAAGUUGCCACGUGGUGGCAACGACUAUAAAUCUCCCUUGCCUCCUGGCAGCUGGGUGCCUCCUAUCAAUCCCUACCUGGCUGCAGUGGCUGCCAAGUCUGGAUUAAAUGGGAAAAUGGGGUCGCCCAAUGAAGCCAGUAAGGCGCUGGAGAAGAUGAGCGAGAUGAGUCGCCUGGAGACGCCUCCACCAAGCAGCAGAGGAUCAGGAGGAGCAGCUGCGGGAGGGGGCAACUCAUCGGGAGGAGGUCGUCACAGUGCCUGGCAAUCGCAUUGGCUCAACAAAGGCGCCGAUGCCGCCAAGGACGUCUUCAAGUGCGUGUGGUGCAAGCAGAGCUUCUCCAGCCUCGCCCUGCUCACCACCCACAUGAAGGAGACCCAACAUUGUGGGGUACAGGUGCCCUCCCCCUCCGCCUCCACCUGCACCCCCUUGACACGCACCACAAACGCGACUUCAACAGCCACUUCGAACUGCUCCAGCAGCAGCUCCACGUCCUCAUCCUCCACAUCAUCCAAGUCCGAGUUGAAUAUGCUCAUCAAGGAGACAAUGCCGUUGCCCAGGAAACUGGUGCGGGGUCAGGACGUCUGGCUGGGCAAGGGGGCGGAGCAGACACGUCAGAUCCUCAAGUGCAUGUGGUGCGGUCAGAGCUUCAGAUCCUUGGCAGAGAUGACGAAUCACAUGCAGGAGACGCAGCAUUAUACGAAUAUCAUAUCCCAGGAGCAGAUCAUCUCUUGGAAAUCCGGCGACGAGCGACCCUCCAAUGGAGGUGGAAGUGGAGGAGGCGCCAAUAGCACCACUGGCAACACCACCACACCCACCACCACCGCUCCAAGUGUCAGCGCUGUUUUGACAUGCAAGGUGUGUGAUCAGGCAUUUGCCACACUCAAGGAGCUCAGCACACACAUGGCACAGCAGUCGCAUUACAAGGAUCCCUCCUCCAGUUGCUCCUCCUCCGUGUCCCCGCCUGCACCACCCUCGACGGCAGGUGGCGCCACCAAGCGUGGCAGACAGACACGGAGCAACGAGAAGCGGAAGAAGUCGUUGCCCGUAAGGAAACUCCUCGAACUGGAGAGAUCCGGAUGUGGUUCCAGCUUGGACUCGGCACUAAAACCCCUAAGGGACUUUGCUGCAGCUACGAAAAUUACUUGCGAGAAAUGUGGCACAAAGAUUGAGACGGCGUUGUUUGUGGAGCACAUACGCAAGUGUCUGGGGGAGAGCAUUCCCAUUCCGCCCAGAAGAUCCCAAACGGAGCAGAGAUUGUCGAGUCCUGGCAUGUCGGAGAAAGCCACUGGAAGUUCGGGGUCCUCUUCAGGCGGAGCACCCUCGGUUUUAAAUGCCCUCGAGCAGUUGAUCGAGAAGAGCUUCGAGUCGAGGGUGGGACGCAUGGCGACGGGUUAUCCGGAGACUGGCACUCCCCUGGGAGCAAGCAUAUUGAAGAGACUAGGGAUUGACGACAGCAGUGACUAUACCAAACCCUUGAUGGAUGCCCAGGCCAUGCAGAUGCAGUUACUCCGUUCUUCCUAUCCCCAGCGGGAUCGCAGCGCCAGUGAAUCGAGUUCCGCCAGUCGCGUUGAGUCCGCCUAUACGCCGGACAGGCAACAAGCAACGCCUCGACGUACUCCCGACACCCCAGCUCCACCCUCGAUGUCGCUACCUCCUCCCAACAGCAGCACUACCAUCAAAUCGGAGCCCUUGGAGAGUGAAUCCGUUGAACUGGAGACGAGUCGACAUCUCAUCAAUGUGAAGAAGGAAUUCAACAUAGAAUCCAAUGCAGGAAAUCCUCGUGCAAGUCCCAGUGCCAGCAGCGAUCGAUCCAACAACUCGCCAAAUGCUCAUCCUCCCAACCAGACGGCAAAUUUAACCGAAAGUGGCAGCCUUCUGGCCUUAAACUCAAUGUUCGAUCAGCUGAGCAAUUUGGAGACCAACAACAACAAUACUGGACAUUGCUUUAACAACAACAACAACAACAAUGGAAAUGGUAACCCUAAAAAGCCCAAGGCGCAUCCUUUGGCCGCCCUGCAAAAGCUGUGCGAGACAACCGAUCCUCCAGCUUGCAAUACACGCAGUGCCUCCGCCUCGUCAGCCACACCGGGAAUGGGGGCGGGGCCGGGCUCUGGAAUGGGCGUGGGCGUGGGCAACGGGAGUGACCUUGUGGCCUUCAGCUGGGCGUGUAACGAGGCCGUGUUGAGUGCGAGCACCGGAGCAGACAUGAUAAUCAAAUGCUCCUUUUGUGAUACGCCAUUUGGGUCAAAGGGCGCCUAUCGUCACCAUCUGUCCAAGGUCCACUUCGUCAAGGACGAAAGGACGGGCGAGGAAUCGCCGACCUUGAAGUCGCCGGCGGCUGCGCAGUCACCGAAAUCGCUGCCUCUGGCAUCGCCGAAACGCUCAGCGUCGCGCAGUCCGGCAACGCCGGCAGUGCAGCAGCUGCCGCAGACGUCGCCGUCGACGUCGCUGUAUGAUGAGAGUCCGCAGUCGAAGUUUUUGAAAUACACGGAGCUCGCCAAGCAGUUGUCCUCGAAGAAUGCCUAAAGAGGAGAGAAAAACAGAAGAAGAAGGAGCUGAAUUAGUAAGGUUAGGUCGCGUAAUCGAUGCAAUUUUCGCUGCAUUGAUUUCUGAUCAAAACAGCAGAGCGCGCGAGAGAGAGCGUUCCGGCACGCUCUUAGUUGCUGCCGCUCUCAACUGCUCUCUCUCCCUCGCUCUCUCUCCCUCGCUCUCUCUCUACAGCCAGAUUUCCCCUACUUUGCUGAAUAAGCGGCCAUAUUUCCCCUGGUUGGGGUAAUGACGUCACAGCGCUGACGACUCUCAGUUUUAUUGUUUGCCAAUUCCCACACACAGUCAGCAUGCCAUCGCAUUCGCACGCACAAGAGGCGUCCAAAAUUCAAUUACCACCACUUUGACGAACUGCUGUCCAUCAAACGACACUCACACAGCAUACAGGCACACCGAUACAAGCACUGGCGGUGCAGCUGCAGGCGUGCGCUAGAGCGAGAUGGUCGUAGUGUGCGCAGCAGUUUGACGAAAGGCGACGACAACAGUUCGUCAAAGUGAAAAACAAACACACAAGCAAAAGCAAAAUACAAAAGCAAAACAUGCUGACCCAUGCGAUUGGAUGGAGCAACAGCAGCAAAAUAACAACAACAAGCAUAGCAAUGCUCAAAUGGGUGGGGGAUAUAUUGAGCACAAUCGAAACCAGUUUGAGCGCAAAUUGAGUGUGAGCGAAAGAGAGCAAAUAAUUGAGUGGAUUUUUAAUUUAACAAAAUGCGGUUCCUGGUCAAAAAGCGUGCCAAAUAAAAUACUAAGCAA